AUUCUUUUUCUCUGUCUUCGCGUUCGGUUCAGCUUUAGGAAUAAUCGGUAAACGGAAUCGCGUUCAAGCAAAGUCCCCGAGAUCGAUCGCAUUCGUUCUUCUCCGACUCGAAUAAAAUAAUCACAUGAAAAGAAAUCCUCAUUCGGUUAAAUCGUAAGAAUAACGUGUUAAAGAAAAUUAAUGAAAUUGUGCAACAAGUAAAUGAAAUCAGAGAACAAUCAACGAAAUAAAAGAAUCUCUCAAGAGUAAACAGUUUUCAUUUCAAAAGAAUAAACAAAUCUACAGAGCAACAUUCUCUCACUCGAUUGCUCUCUUUCUCUCUCACAUACACCCCCACAAACUCACACACACAUAUAACCAACAAACACAGCAACAUAAUGAGUGUUUGUGAGACCAAAGCCGUUGUGCAACAGCAAAUGCAACAGCAAUUGCAGCAACAAGCAGCCGCUGCUGCCGCCGUCGCAGCCGCUGCCGCCGUACAGCAGCAACAACAACAGCAACAACAGCAGCAGCAGCAGCAACAACAGCCCCCGCAAGUGGUGGUGCCCCAGCCGCAUCUGACGCCCCAACAACAGCAACAGAGCACACAGAGCAUCGCCGACUAUUUGGCCCAAUUGCUGAAGGAUCGCAAGCAGUUGGCGGCAUUCCCGAAUGUCUUUACGCAUGUGGAGCGACUUUUGGAUGAAGAAAUUGCACGCGUGCGCGCCUCGCUCUUCCAGAUCAAUGGGGUCAAGAAGGAGCCGCUGACACUGCCCGAGCCCGAGGGCGCUGUCGUGACGAUGAACGAGAAGGUUUACGUGCCAGUUCGUGAGCAUCCAGAUUUCAACUUUGUCGGUCGCAUUCUGGGACCACGCGGCAUGACAGCCAAACAAUUGGAGCAGGAGACCGGCUGCAAGAUCAUGGUCCGCGGCAAGGGCUCCAUGCGCGACAAGAAGAAGGAGGAUGGCAAUCGUGGCAAGCCCAAUUGGGAGCACUUGUCCGAUGACCUGCAUGUCCUGAUCACCGUCGAGGACACCGAGAACCGUGCCAAGGUCAAGCUGGCCCAGGCUGUGGGCGAGGUUCAAAAGCUGCUUGUGCCGCAAGCCGAAGGCGAAGACGAGCUCAAGAAACGCCAACUAAUGGAAUUGGCCAUAAUAAAUGGCACCUAUAGGGACACAACAGCGAAAUCUGUCACAGCUUUCUCAUGCGUUGGCUCUCCCUCUGCUUCUGUUCUGUAUCCCGCAGUGUGCGAAGAGGACUGGCGUCGUCUGGUGGCUGCUUCCGACAAUCGCCUGCUGACGCCCGCCGGCCUGCCCGCCGGACUGGCCGCACAGAUACGUGCCCCCUCGUCGGCGCCGCUCGGCGCCCCAUUGAUACUGAAUCCCAGGAUGUCCGUGCCCACAACGGCGGCCAGCAUACUGUCGCAGGCACCGACUGGGGCCUACGAUCAGAGCGGCCAUCAAAUGAUCUUUGCGCCGUAUGCGGAUUAUGCGAACUAUGCGGCACUCGCUGGCAAUCCUCUGCUCACGGAAUAUGCUGAUCAUAGCGUUGGUCGAUAUAUGCAUGCCGGCUCCGUCUUUUGAACUUCUAUCCCCACUCUCUAUUAUUUUUCCCCCUGAGUAAAAUAUACAGAAAAAUACAGAAACUCCAAACCAACUCCAAUCCACAAUCCAAUUCAAACCAGAAAAUUGUUAGCUUAAAGUUUUUUUUAGUUGCAGUCACAAAAACAUUGACAGACUGUAAAUUAAUAUAUUUAGACACGAAAAGAGAGUAAACAAGCGGCACAACAAGAACAACAACCACAACAAAUACUCAAUGAAAAGAAAUAUGGAAGAAAGAGAGUUACAAAACAAUUGCUCGUCUAUGAAUUGGGUUUUUUCUCUCCUAUUCUAUAGUUAGUCGAUAGGUCGCGAACUUGGCGAAAAUAAGUGAUUUUUAGGCCCUUUAAUCGUAGUCCUCCUUAAUCGAAAAGGACUCUUAGUUAUCCCCCAAUAUGUUUUUUGAUAUGAGUAUAUUCUAGUUGAGAACAGCAGCAGCAGCAGCAGCCACAGGCAGAGACAGUUGUUGAUUCUCAUUCAUUUUGGAGCCCUUGAGUAUUUUUUUUUCUUCUUCAAAUUUUUGGUAGAGAGUGACAGGCAAAGAACUUUCAACCAAGUUGGCAGAGUUGCAAAAAUCUAUUAAAUAUUAUUAUAAGCAUUUUCUUUGUAUAUCUUUUGUGGUUUAAGGGUCGUGUCGUAAGAGCAAUUUUUAGACUAGUAUUUUGUUUUAUUUUUGUAUUUAAUUGUUUGCAUAGUUAUUAGCGAUGAUUUAAUGAUGGGGCGGGACAGUAUUUAUGCACAAAUGUACCUUACGUUAGAAGAAGAACCGUUUCAAUUUUUCCAGCCAGUGCCAUUUGUCGGAACACGAAUACGAAAAUCAGAAUUGCAGCAGAGCCUUUAUGCAAAAUGUAUCUUAAUCUAUUUCGUAGUAAGAAAAGGAGCCUUGAAUCAAGUUGGUGCUUAAUUUAGAAUCUAAGUUUUAGUCGAGGCAGGCCGUCCAGGAUCACAGAAAACAGAAAUAGAGACAGGAUAGAGACAGGAGUAGCACACAAAUCAAUCGCCAGGAAUUGAAUGCACAACUAGUCAGCAAAUCGAGCAGAAGAACAAUAUAUCAAAUCAAUAUACGACUACUACACAAACAAACAAAACCCAUAUAUAUAUUUCUAGAUUUAAUCAAAAGAAGGAGGGAAACCAUACACAGCAAAAACAUAUAUUAUUUCUAGAAUUAAACACAUAUAGCCUUAGGCUAAAAGCGGCUUGAAAAUCACUUAUUUUGUGUCCAACAAUUAUAAACAAAACAAUCAAAACUACACAGAAACAUAUGAACGACUCAUUCCAAAGAAGCAGAGAAUUUAAAUGUUACAAAAAAGGAGAUGAUUUCCCCAUCCCCCCGAAAAUUGGCACAAAAAAGAAAAGAGAAAGUGUGAAAUGAACUCGAAAAUGAGCAAGCAUAUGAAAUAUAUUUAUUAGUUGUAAGUUUUAUGCUACAUAUUUAGCGAAUAUGUUUACUUCUACUAUAUUUGAUGCCUAUAUAAUGCAUACAUACAUAUAUAUCUA